UGUCACUGUUAGGUACUUCUUAAACGAAUCAUUUCAGAUAGUUUCAGGGUCGCCAUCCGAGUAAAUUUACUUUCACGAAUCAACGAUGGGUGCAAAUUUAAAAUUCAAUCCUCAAUUCAUCUCAUUCUUAGCCUUUAUCGGACUUUACUUGACAACUCCAUUAGUCAAGGCUGACCUACCCAACAAGGAUGUAAUGAAGGCUGCUGCUUGCAUGAGAAAAGUUUUUACAGACGUCAUUACAAGCUUUCGAAACGAUGGAAUUACUUUAACAAAAGGAGAAUUUUUUGGAAUUAUGUGCAAUCAAGUAUCUGAGGAUGCCUUCUGUGACGUGAUCGCCCAAAAUGAUAUCGACGAAGACUUCAACGGGUCAUCUAUAAAAGCAUGUCUGGAAAAUACAGGCGAUGGAGAUUUAUUUCAAAAAUACGUCAAAUUAGGACAAACACUUGCAUCACCAUCUGCGGACGAAACAUUAAAACAAGACGAUGUCCCACCAACACAAUCAGAAUCUCAACAGAUAUCACCACCCUUACAAAACUUAGAAUUAGAUUCAGAGCUUACCGAUGGAAAAUCACGAAUAAAUGACGACUCGGAAGAAUCUGAAGAUGACAUUUCUCGACCAACAUCGCCUCAAAACUCAAAAUUGAAUUCUCCAGUUCUGUAUUUCAAAAGGGGUGCAUGCCAAUCUGGAAUAGCCCAAGGACUCGUAGAGUUUACUGAUUUGAAAAAUGAACAGGAUAAAAAAGACACAAUACAGUGCUUGAGGGGAUGUGCAAGUAACUUCUUAUCCAGAAUAACAAUCUUGUUAGAUCAAGCGAAAGAUGAAGUCAUCAAUUCAUCAAUCCUUGGACUAAAUGAAGAAGAAAAAGAUAUAUUGAAUGAUCUUCCGGAAUCAUCGAAGAAAUUCACGAAGGAUAAAUUUGAUACGGAACUUAACAAAGCUAUUGAAACAAACCCAUUGAGCACCAAUCCGAUCGAGGAAAUAGGAAAGAAAUACCUGAUUACUUACGAUGAACUAUACAGCAACGUGAUUAAGCAUAAAAAAGUAGGACUAAAUAAAACAAGACACAGAAAUCUAGGAUACCUGGAUGUCAAUUUAAUUGGUGCACGCGAGAUGUAUCAAAUCUGCGCUCAACUGGAAUGUUCCAUGACUACUAACAGCAUUCCAUUACUUAUACAAUUUAAUGGAAUCUGGAACCCACGAUGAUGUACUGAAAGUUUUACAGCCAUUUGAAAAAGACCAAGAAGACGUUAAGAACUGGGUGAGCGAACAUAAGAGCGAAUGGCAAAGAUUUUGCAGAGUGCUCAUGAUAGAUCCCGAAAUUGAUUCGGUAGAAAACUCGCAGCAGCAGGAAAACGUGGAUUAAAAUUGUGUAGCUCUUCUACCGAUUGAUCUUAAUGAAUAGUUUUCAAUGUACCCUAAUAAUAUGCCUACGUAUAGUUUUUAAGUUUCAAUUAUGUGCUCGUAGAAGUAAGAUGAUUAAUUUAUAAGAGUGAUUU